AGCCCCCAGGGUGGGGGAUGUGUUUCCAGGCGGGAUUCCUGCUUCCCUGCAAUGGGAAUGCCGCAGCUCAAGGGAUGCCCCUGAGGUUCAGGAGGAGGGGAGAGGCAUCAGGUCCAUGUUUGUAUGGCUGCAGAAGGCAAAUCCAGAGGGAAUGGGGCUGGUUCCUCCUGCCUCUCCCAGGAGCAUCUCCAAUAGGGAUAACGAUGGCUACAGCCUCAGCUUCUGCCAUGGGGUGGGACAAGGGGGAUGCUCCCGACACUUCCAUGGCUAACACAGGAGUUAAAGGGAGCAAUGGAGCUCUGUGCCCUCACCAAGCGGCUCCUCCAACCCUGCGGUGGGAGCUUGUGGCUGGAUCAGGAUUCAGGGAUGCUCCCAGCCAUGCCGGGAGCGCUUCCAGAGACCGGGAUCUGCCCUCAGGGCCAUGGGGCUGAGCUCCCCAGUGCUGGUCCCUACAGUGCUUCCAAUCCCCCUUUAAAGCCUUCCCAAGCCCUUUCUAUGAUCCACAAACCUGGUUUUUGAGCCCACCCAAGGGCCAGAGCUUCCCCAUGGUUGGGAACCCCCCAUUUUGGGUCAGGAUUGGGUCAUCCAAUCAUUUCCUCCCAUCCAAGGCCCUGCCAUCACCUCGGCACACCGGGACCUGCCAGAACAAGGGGCUCCUCCAGGCUGGGACGUGUCGGGAUGCUCGAGGUGCUUUGUCACCGCUCAAGGGUGACGGGUUGACAGCAACACCAACAAGAGCCUUGUUUUCCUUAGCUCUCGAGGGAGUGUUGAUGGCAAUGGGAGGAGGGAUCCCUUCCAAGCCCUAGAACAAUGGUCGGAAUUAGAGCCCGAGGCCACGUCUCCCCUCCCCUGACACAUAAAAAGGGGGGGAUCGGGUGCUGCACCCACGGAUCUCACCUCCUUUCUCCUCCCGGCUCCGCUCCGCUCCGAACCCCUCACCAUGUCUCGCCAGUCCUGCGGCCUGGGCAAAGGGUUCAGCUCCAGCUCCGUUUGCUUCGGGGGCAGGACCAAGGUCACGUUCGGCUCCACAUCCCGAGGAGGAUGCCGAGCGCCCGGCAAUGCCGGCGGCUUCAGCAGCAGGAGCCUCUUUGCCUUAGGGGGCAAUAGGAGCGCGUCCGCCACAGGGUUUGGGUGCAGAGGUUUUGGGGCCGGUGGCCAAGGGUUUGGUUACGGCUAUGGGGCCGGGCCGAUGUUUGGUGGCGGCUUCGGUGCAGGGUUCGACAGCGGGAUGGGGGGCCAAGGCUUCCCUGCCUGCCCUCCGGGAGGCAUCAAGGAGGUGAGCAUCAACCAGAGCCUGCUGGCCCCGCUCCAGCUGGAGAUCGAUCCCGAGAUCCAGAAGGUGCGGACGCAGGAGAGGGAAGAGAUCAAGCAGCUCAAUGACAAAUUCGCUUCCUUCAUCGACAAGGUCCGGUUCCUCGAGCAGCAGAACCGGGUCCUGGACACCAAGUGGAAGCUCCUGCAGGAGCAGGGCAGCCCAGGGACAGUGAGCAAGAACCUCGACCUCUACUUUGAGACCUACAUCAAUGGGCUGAGGAGGCAGCUGGACACCCUGUCCAGCGAGAAGAGCCAGCUGGAGCUGGAGCUGAAGAACUUCCAGGACAUGGUGGAAGACUACAAGACCAAGUACGAGGAGGAAAUAAACAAGAGGACAGCAUCCGAGAAUGACUUCGUGGUCCUCAAAAAGGAUGUGGACACAGCCUACAUGACCAAGGUGGAACUCCAGGCCAAGCUGGAUUCUCUGGCAGAUGAGAUGAACUUCCUGAAGUACCUCUACGAUGUGGAGCUGUCUGAGAUGCAGAAGACCAUUUCCGACACCUCUGUGGUCCUCACCAUGGACAACAACCGAAACCUGGACCUGGACAGCAUCAUCGCAGAGGUGAAGGCACAGUACGAGGAGAUCGCCAACAGGAGCCGGAUGGAGGCUGAGUCCUGGUACCAGAGCAAGUACGAAGAGCUCCAGGCCACCGCAGGCAAGCACGGGGACAGCCUGAAGGACACCAAGGCUGAGAUCUCGGAGCUCAACCGCGUCAUCCAGAGGAUCCGUGCCGAGAUUGAGAGCGUGAAGAAACAGUGUGAGACCCUGCAGAGCUCCAUCGCUGAUGCUGAGCAGCGUGGGGAGGGGGCCAUCAAGGAUGCCAAGACCAAGAUGGAGGAGCUGGAGACAGCCCUGCAGAAGGCUAAGGCAGACCUGGCCCGGCAGCUCCGGGAUUACCAGGAGCUCAUGAACGUCAAACUGGCCUUGGAUGUGGAGAUCGCGACCUACAGGAAGCUGCUGGAGGGAGAGGAGAGCAGGAUGUCUGGAGAGUGCCAGAGCAACGUGAGCAUCUCCGUGGUGGGAGGUGGCAGCAGCUCCAUGGGAGGUGGAUUCGGCAGCAGCGGGAUGUGCCUUGGAGGAGGAGGAGGAGGAAUGGGAUUCGGUGCUGGAAGUGGGAGAGGCAGCUGCAAUGUUGGCUUUGGGGGGGGAUUCGGUGCUGGGGGGGGAUUCGGAUGUGGAGGGGGGGCAGGAUUCUGCUCUAUGGGAGGAGGAGCUAACUCAGUGGUGGUGGGGUCCGGGACCACCAUCCUGAAGAAGACCACCAGCUCCGUGUCCACCAACCGGAGGCCCUAGAGGAGCAGCUUCCCCCAGACCCCCAUCCCCAGCACCCAAAGGAGAAAGGAAGCAAAGAGCACGGUGACCAUCACCCCCUUCCCUUCCGUGCCAAGGUGGUGGCCACGUCCUUCACUGCGUGACUCCAUUCAGGAGCUGCAUGGGGCAAUGGGACACAUCCAGCUGAUGACCAGGUCCUUGGGGGGGGCUUGGGAGCAUCUCAUUGCUCCCCUCCAGACACCGUGAAGCUGCUGCUCAUGGGGUGCUGAGGAGCAGAACCCAUUCCCCAGCCCCAUUGGGAGGAGGCUGUGGAGCAUCAGGAGGCACCAAGCAGCGAUGGGUGCAGGGACCAGUCUGGACUUGACUCGUGUCAAGGUCUUGCCCUGGAUCCAGACGUGGUGCAAUGGGGACCGGUGCUGCCCAUCACCCGGGGCUCGGGCUCCACAACAGCUUCCUCCUAGGGACUGCUCCCACCUGAAUGCUUGGGAUUGAAGAUUCCAGCACUUUUCCCUGUGUGUUCUGCAGGGAAACUGGGUUUUGGGCAGGGUUUUACCUCCUCUCCGUGCUCAUGGCAACCCCAUCGUGCUUGUUUGUUUAAGCCUUUCUCCUCUGGCGUGUGGCCCACCCCAAUAAACACCAGAGGCAGUCA